CUGUUGGUGUCUGUUUUAGUGAGAUGUCUGAGUGUCACGACAGCCACAUGGCCUCGGCUGCCAUGGCGGACGGUGACGGUGGCGAUGCGGGUACGCCACACACAGAUGAAUGUGACACAUCAAACACACAGCAUCAGCGCCACACGUGUGUGUGUGUCUUCGAUGGUGUGCAGACGAUGUGGCUGAGGAGGACAACAAUGGCGGCGGGCAGCCAGACGGCCAAGACGACAAUGACGCUGACAGUGGUGAGUCAACAGCACGCCACACAGACUGAUCAGCACACCAGCAGCACAAUCAUGUUCGCGUUGUUGACGAAUGUGUUGAAAUGUCUUCGUUUCAGAUUUGUCGCGAGAGGAGGACGGCGAGAUGGCGGAGGAGGAGGGAGAAGGUCCACAGGCGGCAGCUGAUAGCGAAUCCGAAUCGGUGAGUCACUCAUUGACAGCACCAACCGCCCCAUGCGACGAGCGUCAGCAGUCUUUCUCACUCUUUCUCUUUGUUGUGGCAGGACGGUGUACAGGACGACAGUGAUGACGACGGUGGGCCACUGGGCGACGACAUGGCUGACGACGACAACGACGGCAUCGAUGACGACGACUAUAACGACGACGAAGCCGACCCCUAUGAGGACGACGACGGCUAUGAGGAGGACGGUACACCAGACAGACAGACAGUCAGACGCGAGAGGAUGUGAUCCUCACACACAUUCCUUCACUGUGUGUGCCGUGUGGUGGCUGUGUGUGUGUGUUGCAGGCCAUCCUGUGCUGGCGGCCACCACGGUUGAGGUGCCUGACGGCUGUGUGGGAGCCAACGACAUCGAGGCUCGAUUCCCCCUGGGCACCAACGAGGUCACCAAGCAGCUGGCAUUGGGCGUCAUCGGCCGUACCAUCACCAGCCCCCAGCACGUGACCGACCUCAUCGAGCAGGGUGCCGACCCCCAUGUGGAGCCUCGACUGCGGCAGAAGGGCAGCGAGUGGGCUGGCGUUCCCUACUCGCUGGUCCAUCUCGCCAUCGACAACAGGUCGGGCUACACCGUCCCGACCAUCGACGCCGAAGACAAUGAUGAUUGCCAUUGCCGUCCCGUCGCCCUGCCACAGUGGUCGUCUGACGAGCUGCAGGCGGCCGUCCUGACCGCACUCCUCGACGGAGGAGCCGACCCCAAUGCGGCAGCCGAUCGGACCGGGGAGACGCCCCUCCGACUGGCGAUUGCAUCCGGCAAUAAGACGGCAUUCGAGCCGCUGAUGGGUCGUCAAGACGUCGACCUGCACGCACAAGUCUUAGACGGCGCAGCAAUGGUGAUGGAGCUGCCGGUCCCCCUGCGUGACCCUCCUACUAACUUCCAAGAGGUGCUGCUGUCGAUGUAUCGUCAGCUCAUCGAACGAUACCCCACCAUCGCUGCCGAACGACGCUUCGAUGAAAUGUGCACCUGGCAGCCAUACAAGCGGAAGGGCGCUAUCCCCAGCCCUUCAUCGACAGCUACCUGGAUCUCAUCACGGCGAACGGGGCGGACAUGACGGCAGCCGACGGCAACGGAUGGACGCCACUGCACCGGGCGGCAGGGUUUGGCUCCCCCCACGUGGCCGACUACCUCUGCCGCAAGCUGCCCGCUGACCAGAUCAACAGACGGGACAACUACGGCGACAUGCCCCUCGCCACAGCUGCCAGCAGCCUCGAUAUGCACACCCAAGAGCUGCAGAACCCGAACACACCCGAGCACAUCAGGGAGCGGUAUCGCGCCACGAUUCCCAACCACAAGCUGACCAUCCGCAGCGUGCUGCGGGCGGGGGCCGACAUCAGCACCAUCCCCACAGCCACAGAGGGGGACUACCGUGGCCGCCAGCUGGUGCUGACCGAGUAUGCCGGAGUGCUCAACGAGCUGCCCGCUGCCGUCAUGGCGGCCGUCAACGCCGCCCUCGCCCCCCACCGCUCCCUCGCGGCCCUCCUGACCCCCCGGCUGGCCGUCGGCCCGCAGGAGGCCGCCAUCUUCGGCUGGCGCAUCGCGUCAUACCUCUUCGACAUGGAUGCCGCCCAGGAGGCCAUCAGUGAGGAGGCCGUCGGUGUGCGGCACAGCGACACGGCAGGGCGUGUGUGUGCGGCAGCCGAGCACUUUGUCAAGUCGGCAGUGUACCAGGCCAGCAGCAACAGGGAGGUGGUGGGCGGGACGAGGUAUGAGCAGCAGAGCGACAAGCGGCUCAAGGUGACGGUGCCGCAGCUGCAGUGCUUUGUGGUGGGCGGUGUGGGUGGCCGCAAGAUGGAGUUGCGUGAGGUGGUGCAGCGGGCCAUCCUGGACGAGGCCGCAAAGUGGGGGCUGGUGGGGGACAUCGACAACGGCUUCAGCAAGGAUGUGGCUGCGGUGAUGUGGGGGGCGGUGGGGUGGGUCGACAAGGGGCGGGACGGGAGGCAGACAUAGACAGCUAAGGAUGACAUGAGACAGGCAAACAGAUAGAUGAGGGCGGGCAGGCUGAGAGAUUUCGAUGUGUGUAUGCGUGGCUGUUGCUCUUUGAUCGAUUGCUUCUGCUUCCUGCCUGCCGGUCCCUGAUGUGUGUCACCGGUGUAUCAGGGAGGCAGACAGGCAGAUGGGAUGGGUGGAGAGAUGUCAUUGCUUACCUGCUGCCUGCAUUUUUAUCCUGACGUGUUGGUCUUGCAUGUCGCUUCGUCCUUGCCCGUGAGUAAGUGCGGGAGACACGAAGCAAGCAGAGACUUGAUGUAUUGUCCCUUAAACUUCUUUGUAUUCAAACGCAC